GGCUACUUUGCUGUUUCCAUAAACAAAUAAACACCUUAAUCUCUCGUUCCCUUCAACGUUUCGCACCAAAAAGCGCACGCCAUUGACUCCAAAAACUCGCACCUUAUAUGUUCGACGAAAUGCUCAUGGCUAUGGUGCGAUCCCCACCCUCGCAAUCCCCUCUUCUCCAACAAGCCAAUCCUCCCCGCGACGGAUUCGAUCGCCGGAACCCAAGAAACCACCUCCGGAGCGUGAGGAAUCGGUGCGCGAAGAGGCAGCGAAACUUGCCCGCAAACCGUUUGUACAAUUGCCGCAGCGAGGCGGAGUCCCCGAGGGUCUUCGUCGUCUCCGAUCUGCACACGGAUUACCCCGAGAACAUGGCGUGGGUGCGGCGCCUCUCGCGCGCGUGGCACGGGGGCGACGUCCUCGUCGUCGCCGGGGACGUGGCGGAGACGUAUAGGAACUUCGUGUCGACAAUGGCGGAGUUGAAGGAGAGGUUCGGGGCCGUGUUCUUCGUGCCCGGGAACCAUGACUUGUGGUGCCGGAGAGAAGAGGGCAAAUUUAUGAAUUCACUGGAGAAACUGAACGCAUUGCUUGAUGCAUGCAGUGAACUUGGAGUAGAGACCGGCCCGAGAACCAUCGAUGGUUUGGGAAUCAUUCCCCUGUUUUCUUGGUAUCACAAGAGUUUUGACAAAGAGAAGGACAUAACUGAUGUUAAAAUUCCUUCACUUGAAAUGGCUUGCAAGGACUUUCAUGCUUGCAAAUGGUCUCCUCAGUUAUCCAACAAUGGUGUCGCACUAGCCCUCCACUUUGACAUGAUGAAUGAGAUGAACCAUAAUGCAAUUAAAGAAGUUCAGACGACCAGUAAUCAUAUAAUAACAUUUUCUCACUUUGUUCCAAGGCAAGAAUUGUGCCCGGAGAAGAGAAUGCUUUUCUAUCCUAACCUUCCAAAGAUUAUAGGCUCGGAUUUUCUGGAAAAGAGACUAAGAUCAAUACAUGGAAACUUUGUAAGCGGCUCGGCUUGUCAUUUGUUUGGGCAUACACACUUCUGUUGGGAUUCUGUUGUUGACGGAAUCAGGUAUGUCCAAGCGCCUCUCGCUUAUCCCAGAGAAAGAAAAAGGAGGAUGAAUGGCGGCGAAGAUUGGCUACCAUUCUGCAUUUAUUUUAAAGGAUUUACUGAUAAAUUAUCUCCGGCCUAUUGGUCUGAUUAUUACUCUGAGAACAAAAGGGAACCUAAGAACACUGAUCUUGCACCAUGGGUUGCCAAAUUUUAUACGAGACAUACAAGGAGAAGAGGGCCAUGAAAGGAACCAAAGCUGCACCAACUGCAAUCAGGGCGACACUCCACAGCUUCAAACCCUUCUUUCUCCUUUUAUUCAAAUGCCUA